CCUGCAGCGACUGCGUCAUUUGCCAUGUCGACGACCGACGCGCCGACCGACGCGACGCCGACGCUCGCGGAGCUGCAGCAGUCGCACCCUGGCGCAAGCCUCGACCUCGUCCCGCUCUUCACCUCGCGCAGCGUCCACGAGAUUGCGGCGCGCGUCGACUUUCUCCUGCGAUCGAGCCAGCGCAUGCUGCUGCACGAAGAGCUUCCGCGCGCCUGUGGCUCGGUCACCAGCGUAGAUGCUCUUGAGAUCUUCCUCCUCUUCCUCGAGCAUCAAGCCACGAAACACCCGACCGCUUUGAGCGUGACCAUGUCGCUGCUGCCGCUGCUGCCCACCGCCGAGCUCAUGCCCUCGAGCGUGCAAGAGGCGGCGACGCGCUUCUUCCAAAAGCAUCUUCCGAUCAAGGCGACCAACACGUCCAUGACGGGUCUCUUUUGCGCCUUGUACCACGUCCCAAUGCCCCUGCGCGUCGACACGUUCAACGCAUGGCUGCGCCUCGACUCGGUGGCCGCGCUCAAGUUUCUCGAGGCCGCCGACGUCGCGGCCCACGUCGAUUUAGAUGCGACCCUGCGCCUCCUCGUCGAGAAGACGCACUUUAACGCGGCGGAUCGCCUCGCCGUGCACGUGCCGUCGCUUCAGCGGGCGUACGUGCAGGCGCUCGUCGACACGUACGCGGACGCCAAGGUCACGAAGAAGCGCAUCACCCGCUUCAACUUUCUCCCGGACGACUUUCCCGAGUUUGUCGCGCGGCGACGCCGGGCGACCAUCAAGUACCUCGUCAAGGCCGGGCAGUACGGCGACGUCGACCAAGCCGUCGGUGGCGACGCAAGUGCGAUGAAGUUUGCCUGCCGCUGCGCCUACGACACGUGCGGCGCCGACAGCGACGUCACCAGGCAGUUUGUGCAGCAGUACAACCUUGGCAGUCUCUUUCCCGACGUCGUUGCAUCGCAGGACGCCGGCGACCUCUCGCUGUUAAUGGACGACCCGCCGCGCCUCGAUGGCUUUGCCUCGAUCCUCACGUACCUUCCGAGCAGCCACGUCUGCUUUCUCGCGUCGCCGGUUGACGUUGCCGGCGUUGUGAAAGACUUGCUCUCGGCGCCGUUUGUCGGUCUCGACUGCGAGUGGCGCGCCUCGUACAACUCGUUUACGUCGACCGGCAGUGCGGGAAACCCGUGCGCGCUGCUGCAGCUAGCGACAAGCACGCAUGUCUACCUCGUCGACAUGCUCGUGCCUGGCAUGCUGGAGCCGUUGGCGCCGUGGCUGGCGUCGCCGUCGUCGCUCAAGCUCGGCUUUGACAUCAAGAGCGACCUCGCCGCGCUCCAAGCGCCCGUCGUGUGUGGCGUCGUGGACCUGCAGACGGUCGCCAAGAAGACGAGUCUUCUCCCCUCGAACCGGCCGUCGCUCUCGGACCUCGCGCUCAAUUACCUCGGCCUCCCACUCGACAAGCGCGUGCGCAUGUCCAACUGGGAGCGCCGCCCGCUCACGGCGAUGCAAUGCGAGUACGCGGCCUUGGACGCCUACGUGCUCGUCGCAGCAUACGCCGCCGCCAUCUCAGCACCGAGCGUCGCGGCGGCUGUCGCCCACUGCCGCUACGACGCCAGUUCAGACACGAAUUAACCGUAAUAGUACAUUCUAGACGCGUUAGGCGGCCAUGAAGCUCGAGAGCGCGUCAGCAAACACGACGGGCUCCGACUCGGCGG